AUGUACAGCCCUGCUAGCGACCUGUUGCGUUUGCGCAGACUUGUGCGAGCCGAAGUAUUAGUUUGCAACCGGACGGCCAAAGAGCAGGCAGUGGCUGUGUUUUGGUAUAUUUCGGGUACAAAGAGCAGGAACACCAGCAUUUUGGGGGCCACAACGGGUCCUGGCGCUGUCCUGCGCCCAGAUGGAGCAGUCAAAACUUGCAGGGACUGCAGAGAAAGAGCCACAUAUGAGAUGAGAGCAGUUCUCCAAAGACAGUGGAGGAAAAAACGGCAAAAUAAAGCCCCAAUUGGGAGCUCAGAGAAUUGGGCCUUGCGCGGUCUGUGUCGAUGCACAAAGGACGAAAGUGAGACACUCUGUUCAGCUGGAGACCGUCGUGUUGCUCCGCAAACUCAAAAAGCCGAUUUUUCUCCUUCCAGGCCAAGUUUGAGCCAUGUUCAGCCCUUCACAGCCGGCACAAAAGCCGGUGCGCCGUGA